AAAAAAAACAACGCUAUUUCAAAUUCUCAACAACGACAGACAAGAGUCUUCCAGAAUCAUCCGAUCAUAAACCCUAAUUUCUUCUUCAUCUCCUUAAUUCUCGCUCUCAGGCCUUAUCGUAGACGAUACGAUUUGGAUGGGGAUAAUAAGGAGUAGCUUCUCCUUCAUAAUGGGGACAUGUUGCGGAGUUUACAUCGCCCAAAACUACAACGUUCCCAACAUCAAAAAGGUCGCCAACACGGCUCUCUUCAUGGCCAAGCACGUCGAGGAGAAGUACCGCAAGCCCAAGAAGAAGGACGAGGAUCAAGAUUAGUUGCAACAUUCAAAAUGUCAGGUUCUUCGAUUUGAGCAAAUUUUCCCUAAUAUUUUUGGUUUUUGAUUUUAUACUUGAUAGGAAAUAAUUGUACAAGAAAAUAAAAGGAGAAAUUUUUUUAUAGAUGAUUUUGUUAUGAAACUUGUCAUUUUCACUACGAUUUGAAUUCAUUGUUAAGACUGAUCAAAUGGUUGUAUGAAACAUACUUAAUUUUGUUCAAUUAAAGACUAAUACUUUCUGUA